CUUGUAUUAUUAAUUAGUCAUUAUCUACCUGGUUGAUUGUCAUCGCUUAUCGGUAAUUAUCACCAUUGGGUGUUACGUUAUGUGACACCAACACGUGUUACCGAAUCUACAUAUAUUAAAAACGACCUUGUUUAUCAUGCUGAGAUCGAACAAAUUCCACAAGUUUUCCUUAGUUGGAACCUCAUUUAAAUCAAUUGAAAAACAAUUCUUAUCAAUUUACACCCACUGUUCCAAGAAGGUGUUGUCAUUAUUUUUCUGUAAAAUUCACUUACGAUAAACUUCUAUUUCUGAAGCUCUUGGGUAAUGAAAUUAAAAGGGCAAACAAGAAAAAAAGGCCAAAAAAUAUCUAUCUGCAUAUUUCAUAUCUGUACGCAUUAAUUCUAUCUCAUCACCUCUGACCCAGAUGCUUUGAGAUCUGAAGUGAAUUGUGCCGAGUAUCUCAAACAAUUACUUAUCGGUAUUUGUUUUGAUGUUUGAAGUCAUUACAAUGUCGCAGACGUCGUUCUCUUCAUUGAGCAGUGCGGUAAUUUGCGCAUGUUUGAAUUAAAAAAUGCAAAUAACAAGUAUAAAUAUAAAUUGAUUGCGAUACCGAUUAAUCAUAACCAUGGCAAACAAUACAUUAAAGUUUUAUCAACCUAAGCUAAAACAAAGUCGAUAUAGAAAAGGUUUUAUUGCUCCAGAUUGAGAUUAGAAAUUGAAGAUAAAAGUUAGAGUACGUUACCAAUUGUAUUUAUGAAAAUUUUUCUUAAUCUAGAAUCAAAAAUGAACAGAGAAAUAUAAUAGCAUCUAUCCACACAUAUCUGUAGUGCAUACUCGCAGUAGUCUAAACAACAGUUAUGAGCUUGGUGUUGAGUGAUUAGUAUGCAAUCAAUAUGCUGGUUUGCACCAGUUGGAAAAUCUCUAGGCAUAAAAAAUACCAGACCAAAGAAAGCUCCACCGAACGCUAUUCUAGAGAAAGCUUAUACCGGCAAGAAAAUAAAACAUAAGCAGGUACUAGCAUUAGCCAAACAACUAGAUUAUUCGGAACGACAAGUUGAAAGGUGGCUACGACUUCGUAGAUCGCAAGACAAACCCUCAACGUUAAUUAAAUUCUGCGAGAAUAGUUGGAGAUGCUUGUACUACACGUACUCGUUUGUUUAUGGGCUGACUAUUUUAUGGGACAAGUCGUGGCUUUGGGACAUAAAUCAUUGCUAUCACGGUUACCCAUUUCAUCCAGUCAGCAAUGACGUAUGGUGGUAUUACAUGAUCUCUAUGGCAUUCUACUGGUCGCUAAGUUUCUCUCAAUUUUUUGACGUCAAGCGAAAAGAUUUCUGGCAAAUGUUUAUUCAUCAUAUCGCCACGAUUGCUCUCAUGUGUUUUUCAUGGGUCGGAAACUUGACCAGAAUCGGUUCUCUAGUCUUACUGGUUCACGAUUGCGCAGACAUAUUUUUGGAGGCAGCAAAAAUGGCUAAAUAUGCAAACUACCAAAAGCUGUGCGACUUCAUAUUUACAAUUUUUACCGUGCUAUGGAUUGUUACAAGAAUGGGAGUCUAUCCAUUUUGGAUCAUUUACAGCACAACGAUAGAAGCUCCAAAAAUUGUGCCCAUGUUCCCUGCGUAUUACAUAUUUAAUUCACUGCUGAGUCUGUUGUUGGUACUUCAUGCUAUAUGGACAUGGUUAAUUUUAAAGAUUGCAUACAACGCAUUUUACGCCGGACAGAUGGAAGGAGAUAUACGUAGCAGCAGCAGCGAAGAUGUAUCAGAUUCUUUAGUUAACGCUUCCUUAUCGAAUAAUACUACCGAUAAUAAAGGAAAAUUGAAUUCUAGGGAGAAACAGCUUUAAAAAAUAUUAAAUAAAUAAACAAAUUCCAUAAUAGGGAACAUUCGUGCCGUUAUAAAUUGUUAAAUUUAAAAAUGAUGCAACUACAAUUCUUUAACUCGCUAUUAAUAAGAUUAAGAAGAUGCCAUCUUAUUGAUUAGCCAUAAUGUUGAGUCUUUGCUAGGCAGAUGUUCGGUUUAGGUAUGUACAUCUCCUCGCAACUCAUUGUAUUUAGAUGAAACCAAAAAAAAAGGAACACAAUAUAAAACUGAAAAUACAUCAAUUUUUAUAUAUUCAUAAAUUAUGGAUAAAGCGAUAAAAUUGACAGAAAAAUAUAUAUUCUAAAGACUGUUGCUUCCGGACUUAAUGAGUUCUAACAGUUAAUUUAAUUCACUCUGAUUUUCACAUCUAUCAAAGUUUGCAAGAUACAAUCUUUUUUUAUUUUAACUUUUUUCGCUCCCUCCCCCCUUCCAUUCAUAGUACACCGUCAUCUGUAUAAAGUCGAGCAUUAUUUAUUCUUGAUACGAUAACUAGAAAGAAAGAAUUACAGUCCCCAGCUUUCAACAAAUAUGUUUUUACGAGAACUUUGAAUUCACUACCUUUAAUAAGUUCUCUACUCUACGUUUUUGUUUUUUUUUUUUUUGGUUGUUAAAUUGAGAAAAAUUUCUCGUUACCUAAUUUUCAUUCGCUAAGUCAACAUAGAUUGGUUUGAACAAAGAACAAAAUUUGAAAACAAACGAAACUGAAGUAAUAAAUAAGUAAAUGAAUAAAGCAUUUCCAAAGAAUUUCGAAGUCGUUAUUUAAAAUAUCAAUCGUUAGGAUUAUCGAUACGUUUUAUUUUUUUUUGUUAAAAUAUUGCCAGAAUAUUUCACUAUUUAUUAUUGUCAUCUUAUAUGAUAAAAUCAAAUAGUUAUUUUUGUUCUGUCUCUACUCGAAAAGCUUGAUUUAGGUAUGUACAUAUUCAUUUAAUUUGAGUUCUUAAAGUUUGAAUGCUCAUUAAAUCUAGAGUAAAAGAGUACCGUAAUAAGAAUAAUAAUGAUAACAAUAACAAUAAUGAUAAUAAUAAUAAUUUCAAUAAUUCUUCAACGUCUAUCUCGUGUGACAUAAUUAAAAUACCUAAUAUCGUUCAUCGUCAAUAAUUUCUCUAAAGGAUUUCGUAGAUCAAACAAACGUGUAAUCAAAUAAAUAUUAUCACGACCGUACUGUGUUCUCAAAAUUAUUAAUAUCGCACUUGAUACGACUAUAAUGUUUGAUCGAAGUAUUAUUUGUAAUUGUUGUUUUCUACCAAUUAUGAAUGGUGAAUUUGACCUGUUCAAAUGAAUAAAAAUUGCUUGGUUUCGAUUUUCGUUAUACCGAGAAACAAAGUGUUGAAAAAAAACAGAAAUAACAAAUGUAAUCAAUUUUUAUCACGUACUCACCUAUUUACACGUAUACAAGUGCAUUGUUAGUCUGUAAAAGAAUGAUUUUUUUUUACAUCAGGUCAGAAUGAUAGCAAUGAAAAACUAGUAAAGGAAAAAUGAAAAAACGAACAAGAAAGAAACUUUGUAUCCAUGUCAAAAAUAAAGGCGUCCUCUAAAAAAAAACUAAA